AUGCAGACAAGCACAAUGUCGGCGACGAGCACCACAGAGACCAGCACAACCACGCUUUCGAGCACCACGGAGACGAGUACAACAUCUCUGGCAACCACAAUAAAGACUACCACGAAUUCAGCGACGACUACGACGGGCACCAGAACGUCGUCAGUGACAGGCACGAGCAAGCCUAGCUCGACCAUUGAGGCAAGCACCACGCGCACGAGCACGACGUCAGUGACAAGCAAGACAGAGCCGAGCACGACCAGUGUGCCAAGCAUCACUGGCACGAGUACGUCCUUGAAGACUAGCACCACAGAGACCAGCACAAGCUCAGCGACGACUACGACGGAAACGAGCACUAUGCCAGUCACGAGCAACACGGAGUCGAGCACGACCAGUGUGUCAAGCAUCGUUGGCACGAGCACGGCGUCGGCGACAGGCAUAACAGAGACCAGCGCGAGCUCGGCGGCGACUACAACGGACACGAGCACGACGUCAGUGACGAGCCAGAUAGAGCCGAUCACCACCAGUGUGUCAAGCAUCACUGGCACAAGGAAGUCCGCCACCAGAAGCACCACAAGCAGCAGCCCCGGCGCAACCAGCAGCACCAUUGUGUCCAGCACGGCUCACACUAGCAGAACCACGCGCAGCAGCACUACGCAGACGAGCACGACAUCGGUGACGAGCACCACAGAGCCCAUCACGACAACACUCACGAGCACCGCGGAUCAAAGCUCAACGACGCUGACGAGCAGCACAGAAGUUGGCACGAGUACAGCGACGACAAGGGCGCCGUACACGAGCACGACGUCAGCGGCCAGCGAUGCAUUAUCGAGCACGACCCGUGCGUCGAGCACCAACGACACGAGCACGUCGCCAGUGACAAGAAUUACAGAGACCAGCCCGAUAGCGUUCACGAGCACCACGGAUGCGACCACCACGACGUUGACGACCAGCACAGAGACCAGCACAACUUCAACUGCGACUACGACGGACGCGAUCACGACGUCAGUGACAAGCACGACAGAGUCAAGCACGACUACUCUGUCAAGCACCACUGGCACGAGCACGACUGUGUCCGGCAUUACCGUGCGCAGCAUCAGCAGCGAAACCACAGAGACCAGCACGGCCACACUCACGAGCACCACGGAGACCAGUACAACGACGCUCACAAUCACCUCGGACACCAGCCUGAGAUCAGGGAUGACUACGACGGACACGAGCACGACAUCAAUGACACGCAAGAUAGAGGCGAGCACGACAAGAGUGCCAAGUAGCAGCGGCACGAGUACGCCGAUGGUGGCGAGCAUCACAGAGACGAGCACGCCGACGCCCACGAACACCAUGCAGGCGAGCACCUCGACGCCGACGAGCAGCACAGGCACCAGCACGAGUCCAACGACGACUACGACGGACACGAGCAAGAUGCCAGCGACGAGCCCGACAGGGUCGAGCACGACCACGACGGAUGCCAUCAGCGUAACGGUGAGCAGCAUGCCGGGAAACGGCACCACGAUUUUGACAGCUACCAGCGAGACGAGUGCUGUGUCGAGCACCAUUCUGUUGGGCAGCACGACGGCUACCGGCAGCGCGACGAACAGCAGCACGACCCUGACAUUCACCAUUCAGGCGAGCAGUGUUUCGAGCACCACGUCUCCAAGCAGCACAACGCACAACAACAUCACGACCCUGGAAUCCAUGACGCAGACUAGCAGUGUGCCGAGAACCACGUCUCUGAGCAGAACGACCAGCACCAGCAGCAUUACGGGUGGCAGUAGCACGAUUCAGACAUCCACCAGUGAGACGACCAGGGUUUCGAGCACCAUUUCGUUGAUCAGCACGACGGGUACCAGCAGCACGACAUGGAGCAGCACCGCCAUUCCAGCAGACACAAGUGAGACGAGCAGUGUUUCCAGCGCUAUGUUGAUGAGCAGCUCGACGGGCACCAGCAGUUUGACAUCGAGCAGAAUGACUUGGAACCGCACCACGACUCUGACGUCCACGAUGCGGACGAGCAGUGUGGCGACCACCACAUUGUUGAGCAACACAGCGGGGGGUAGCACCGAGACGUGGCUCAGCACGACGGAGAGCACGACAAGCGUACCACAUGCAAGUGCGGCGAGCAGUGUGUCGAGCACCGCGUCGUUGAGCGCUACGACGGGUACCAGCGGCCUGGCGUUGAGCGGCACGAUGUCCAGCAGCACGAUUCGGACAUCCACCAGUCGGUCGAACAGCGUUACAAGCGCCACGUCUACGGGCAGUACCAGCACAAGCAGCAGUACCAGCGCAACCACCAGUGCAAGGGGUACAAUCAGCAGCACGCGCACCAUCACCACCGCAACAACUAUCACCACUGUCACAAUGUCUACUGUCACCAAUACCAUCACCAGCUCUAGUGUGACCAGUACCAGCGCGACCAGCACCAGCGCGACCAGCACCAGCGCGACCAGCACCAGCGCGACCAGCACCAGCGCGACCAGCACCAGUACCACCCAGACGAGCACCACCACGCCGCUUUACGUUGUGGCGAGUUCCGUCCGACUCGAAAGUUCUGGCACACAGGAAGAAGUACUUGAUGCGAUGACGUCCUGCCUAAUUAUUGUGUAUGGCGUCGCUGAGGAUCAGGUGUCCGUAGAUGUCGUCGGUGCCGCUUCCGCACCCUCGGCCCGGAGUUUCUCCCACUCGUGGGCCGUCGGGUUCGAGAUAUAUGCGCCUCUGGAGAGCGCCACGGCAAUAUAUGAUUCGACAUUGCGUUUUGCCAACGAUUCCGCAAAUUUCAGCGGAACUUUGCAGGGGCAGUUCCAUAGCUUAAACAUCACGGCGUCUUCAUUGGAGAUCGCAGCUCCAGAAAUAAAGAUCGUCACUGCUACCAUGACGACUGUAACCGUCACCUUGACUAGCACAACGACGACCAGCGCCACCAGCGCGACGAGUGUAACCAGCACCAGUGCGACCAGCACCACCACUUGGACUAGAACAGCGACCACAACCACCGCGACUAGUACGGCAACGUCCAGUACCACAAUUAGCCGCACUAUUACCGUGUCCACCCACACCAGGACCAGCAUAAGUACAACCAGCAUUAGUGCGACUAGUACCAGUGAGACAGAUGCGCGCUCCAGGACCACAAACACCGUCACCAGGAGCAGCACCACAGGGAGCAGCGCCAGCUCUACCAACACCAAAACUACUGGGACUACCACUGCAGCCAGAACUACUCUGACGAGUACCACAACGUCCGGCGCAACAACUAUCACCACAGGUACCAUGUCCACAGGCACAAAGACUAGUAUCAGUGUAACUGGCACCAGUGCGACCAGUCGGAGCGAGAUCAGUUCUAGCACGAGAUCCAGCAUUGCUAGUACCACGGGAACCAGCAGCAGCAGUACCGGGCUCACCAAUAGGGUGACCAGCAGCACCACAAGAAGUGAAACACUGACCAGGAGCAGCAUUGGGGCCAGCAAACCGGUUAGCACCACUGGAAGCAGCACCAGCGCGACAAGUGCGACCAGCACGUCGGUGACCGGCACGAGUGAAAGCAGCAGCACGAGUAAAAGUAGCAGAACGAGUGUCUCCAGCACGACAUGGACCAGCAGUCUCAUGCACGACAGCUCCAGUGAGACCAGCAAGACCACUGUGACUCUCUCGUCUGUGAGCAGUACGAGUCGCAGCACUGUUGAGCCAUAUUUUCAGCUCAGCGGGUCAAUUGUUUUCUCGCUGAUUGGCCUGGACGCGGUCUGGAAUGAUCCAGAGGUGGCAGAGCAGGUCCUGAACUCGGUCGGCCUCACCAUCGCCCAGGUCGUGGGCAUGCCAGUGAGCUAUGUCACCGUGUGGUUUGCGCAGUCCAGGAGGCUCCCGGCCACCGCGCGCGAGCUCAGCGGGGAGACGGUUGAG